AGAUCAAUUCAAACCUCUAAGUCGGUUUUAUGAUAUUAUCUCGAUGAAUUUCUCGUUUCUUAAAAUUUCACCUGAAAAUUAUAACUCAGAUUCUUUCAAGGCUUUCCAAUUCUGCUUAUAUAUGGUGCAGUAAUAAGUUUGGUACUCAAUUUUGUUAGGAAAAGUGAAAACCUGAUACUCAUUUGUGAAUCUUUUACAAAAUUUGCACCUUGACACAUCAGUACACUGAGUUUUUUCAAGAGAGUGUGAAGUAUCCAAAGUUAUUUUCAUUUAAAGCAGAAAUCAACAGUUAUGUCUAUGAGUACUAUUAAAAUGUGUCAAAGCCUGUAUCUGCCAAAAUCACAUUUUUUUUAUGAGAAAAAUAUGAACAAGUUAACAAAAUGUUCCAUUCUAUGAGUCUUUUUUGUUUGUUUAAUUGAAACUGUUCCCUUUGGGGUGACAUGGGCACUAGCAGUGGGGUUGAAGUCCUUGAUCAGAAGCAGAUGGGUUUAGAAAAACAAUGGGUGGCAUGAUCAGUGAUGAGUGACCAGAGCUUGAGUUGUGUCUGUUUGUCUGAUGUGGUUGCAUUGCAGGUUAAAACUAUUAACCUAAAAUUUCAUCAAAAGAUGACUUGUUUGUGUCACUAAAAAAAAUGUUUGGUUGCAAAUUGACCCCACAAUUGAGCACCGGAAAACAAUGACUUUGCACCCACUUCUCUCAGUAAAAGUACCUCACACACUUUUUGUGAGUGUAUUUUAAGUCUCUUUGUCCCUCUUUCUCUUCAUCAACCCUCUCCCUCAUUUAAAUAUGAAAUAAACACACACACACACACCAGAAGAAGAAGAAAGAAAAGCAUGAAAAAGAUCAAUCUUUUACUCAGAAAAUGCAAGAGUUUGUCAAGGCAGCUAGGGAGAUCUUCAUCAUACAGUAGCCUGAGGUCCAAAUCCACAAAAGAAGACAUAUGGGGUGGCCAUGGCAUGCAAGAAGAUGAACAUUGUGAGACAGUGUUUGUUGGUAGCACAAGAAAACGGUAUGUGAUCAGCAAAAAGUAUCUGAACCAUCCUCUUCUGAAUGAACUCAUCAACAAGUCAAAGCCAAAGGGUAGUAGUGAUGAUGAUGAGAGUAGUGUUUUGGUGGUGAACUGUGAGGUGGUUCUCUUUGAUCAUCUUUUGUGGAUGCUAGAAAAUGCAGAUCCUAAGUUUAGUUCUGAGUCUUUGGAGGAAUUGGCUGAACUCUAUGUGUUUUGAUAGCUUUUUCAAUGUGGCAGAUUGCAAAGGCCUAAUGUAAUUAAGUAUAUUGGGUUAUACCUGCAUUUUGCAAAAAGUAAUGGUUCAGUCUUCUUUUUCUUUAAUGCU